AUGAGCAACCUUUCUGGCGUUGUACGCGAAGGCUGGUUAAAACGAGUCAAGGUAAAUGUUCAGUAUAUUUGUUAUAAUAUGUGGUUAUUGAAUAAACAUUUACGGAGCCGUUUGCAAAGGUUUGCAAAAAUUUGGCAGACUUGCUUUAUGUGUGUUAUUGUAUUAAAAGCUUCGGCUUUUGUGCAAAUAUUUCUAUAGGCGAAGAAUGCCCUUGACUCUUGCUUAAUUUUAUCAAAGCUGGAAUUUAUAGUAUACAAGAGUAAAUUCACGCUAGUAUUUUAUAACAGCAUGGCCAGAGAAUUUGAUAUUCUGUUCAAAAUACAAAUGUCGUCAAUGCGAUCAAAUGGUCGUGUAUUUAAUAAAUGGAAUCUUAGACACUUGAAGGAUUUGCUGUAAUAGAAUAUUUAUAUUAAAGACUUUAGAUAUAUUCAAUAUUGCACCGAUUGAUUUAAAUACAUGAAUAUAACCGUAUCAACAUUUAAGUUGAUCCGAAUUUUCAUUAUCUGUUUACAAAUGCUCCUUAAAAUUGUGAAAUAUGAAACCAUUUGUUAACAAUUGAUUGCCAAAAUACGAUAUUUCACGUCCCGGAAAAGCCCCAAAGUGUCAAAUGCUUUCUCUAUAAAAGCAAAUAAUUUAAAAGUUCACAACUCCUCAGCGAAAUAUUUUGAAGCAAUUAGUAAAUGCCUAUCUCUUAUUAAAUGUAACAAAGCGAAUAUACACUAUCAGCAGAUGGUAACUUGCAGAUAUCAAAGUGAGAAAAUAUCAAAGGUUCAUUCUUUUCAUUUUUAUGUAGUAGUCUUGUAUUUGGAGGCUAAUAAAUGCUGAAAACUCUCUCGGCGUUAUUUGACCACCAUGAAUGCUUUGCUCAGAUCUAUCCAUUACAGUAAAAAAUUAGAUAUUUACUUUUAUAUGCUGACAUUGUUUAUUUUGAUAAGCAAAUUGGCAAUUGCGUCGCACUUUAAAAAACAAUUUUAGUUUACUCUGCUAAUGUAAUCCAAGAAAUCUCUUUUAGUAUUUCUUACUAGUAUUCAGUUUGGUUAUUAGUGGAAUGUGCUUGCUGGUGACUUUUCCAUAAUUUGCUGUUGUCUAGGAACUAUUGGCCCGUGUUAAUUAUAUAAUGUAGUAUCUCACUGUGCCAAAGAAAAAUAUUUUUUGUGCUUACUGUAUAAAUUUGCAAAUAAUAUAUAAAUAACAUGACUUUUGAAAACUGUUCCUAUCCCAAUAUCUGGUUGAUGUGUUUAUGUAUAAUACUACAUUGUUCAUUUCCUGUUUGGGUUUAUAUUUAUUGAAUUUGAUAUCAUUCGUUACUAAUUUUAAAAUAAAAUUAUUUUUAUGUUGCAAGUUUUAUUAAUUAGUUAAAUUAGAAUAUCUAAAUUAAUUUAAUAAGCGAAUAAGAAAUUUGCUAACAUGACUUUAGAAAAUGAAUUUUGCUUUACACAUAAUAUAUGAGUGGGUUUCAGACAGUAUAGUCAGAUCUGUUGUCUCUCAAUUAUAUUGACUUGUCUUAAUUGUUGGUUAGCAUAGGACUACUAUAUGCAGGAAUUUUUCAGCAGGGGGCAGUAAGGCCUAUGUGCUGAAAAAAGUCCCAAAUACCCAAAGAAUAAUUAAUAAUGCCAUUCUAAAAAUUGUAAAAUAUAGUUUUUUUCUAGGGGGGCAGUUGCCCUGCCCCCCCCCCCCCCUCCUCCCUGCUGUGUACAGCCCUGGUUUAGCAGUCUGUCUGCAUGCUGCUUGAUAGUGCUGUAAUACUUUAUAGCGAAGUGUGCCAAGAUGUAAUUUGAUAUUUUUGUUAUUAAAAAUAUAAACUUCCCUUUUCCUGUUCUGAUAUCCUUGUAUACUAAUCCCUGUUGAGUCUAGGAAGUUAAACUUUCUAAGUGUCAUUCCACACAGUCUGGCAAAGCAAGCUUAGCCACUUUGACUGCAGAUUUGACAAUUUUUCUGGAAAAUUCUUAGAAAGGUAUUUCAUGGUUGAAUGGUCAGUAUUUAUGUAAAGAAUUGAACAAUAUACAACUAGUUGUAAAUCCUGAAAAUAAAUUUAUGUUUACAUGUAUGAUAAUUUUUGUAAACUUUUUGUACUUCCUUGACUUCCUUGUCAGAAAGAUGGUGAACUUGGGAAGUCUGAUAACCAUAAAAUUUCAUUAGUGAAGCACCAAUAUACAAAUUUACAGAUAUUCUCACUGAUAACCAAUAUUCAUUAGGGUGUAUAUAUAUACCGAUACUGACAGUUUAGAAAACUUGUCACAGUUACGAGCUAAGAGUGGCCAAUCGUGUAUUAACUUAACACCAAUUGCCACAUAUACAUACUAUUUAAAACACAAGUAGGAGUGCUUUAUCAGAUAUAAAACAGGAGAGCACAGCUCGAGUGUUUUAUAUCUGAUAAAGCAUGCUGACUGUUUUAAAUGGCUUAAAAAAAUGACCCAUCUUAGGUCAUUUCAUUGGCAAAGUAAUUUUAAAAAUAAACCUUUUCUAAGCUGAGGAAAUCAAAGCUGAAGUUUAUGUAAAUACAUGAUUUUUUAUCACAUAUAAAACCACUGACAUGGUAGAGAUUUAUUUUGUAUUUUCCUCAUGAAUUAUUAAUGAGUUUUUUAAAUGUUAAUAAUAUCUUUGAAUUUUCUGUAAAUUAAUGUGAGUGUAGGUAUCUUUGAAUAUAGCUGUAUAUUGAAUUUACAUUAAUAUGUUUGUGAUACAUUUGAGUUGUGUUACACUUAGUUGAAACCAUAAUAUAUUGUAAAUUUAAAAUAUAUUUCAAACACUCAUUAAUAAUUCAUAAGCUUAUUGGCAAAUCAUAUCAACCAUAAUAGUCAUAUGUUGUGUGCAGCGGCUUUAAACCUGAUAAAACACUCCUAAUCAGUAUUCUUUAUAUAAAGAACGUCGUGUUUUAUUAGGUCUAAAGCCACUCGCGCUGCGCACUCGUGUCUUUAAACCUAAUAAAACACUCCUGCUCGUUUAUUAAACAGUACUUUAUAAACUUAUUAUAAUGUAAUAUCGGCAACAAAAAUACCAGUAUCAAUAUUUUGAAUUUAUAGGGCUGAUAUAUCCGAUACACUAAUAUGGAUAUAAGGAUAUUGGUAUAUCACUAAAUUUCACUUGCCUCCAAUGCAUUGUUAUUUUACUUGCUUUCAGAACCAGAAAAAACGUUAUUUUGUGUUGGGAUUCAACAAGGAAACGGGUGAUGCUCAAUUACAAUAUUAUGAAAACCCGAAAAAAUUUGGUGCCAAAGAAACAGUUCCAAAGAGGAUAAUAUCCUUACAACAAUGCCUUGGCAUUGUCAAAAGAUCUGACGAGAAGUUUGGGAAUAUUCUUGCGUUGUACUCAAAAGAAGGGAUAUUUCGUCUGAAAGCUGACACAGACGACCUCUUGGAAGAUUGGUUCACAGAUCUCAAUAAACUACAUCAGAUGGAGUAUAAGAAUUUACAGGAAUUAAAAUAUGGUUAGUUGAUGUAAAAUCUGUCAUUUAAUUUGAUAGUGGACAUAAGGAUUAUUAAAAUAAGGAUUAUUAUUAUUAAGAACAAUGUUAUUUUCUAUUAAGAUAUGGUAUGGAAGGUAAAAAUUGUCUCACGAGGUCUGGGGGGUGUGAAGAACAUCACUGGCUCGUACAAACUAUGCCUAAAAGACAACACAUUGUAUUUCGUCAAUCCUGUAUCACAAGAUGUGAUUAUCGAAGAGAAACUAUAUUAUGUUCGCAAGUUUGGUUAUUCCGACAACCAUGUCUUCAUGGAGUUUGGUCGUUCCACGGCAUUGGGGCCUGGGGAGAUAUGGAUGGAAGUUGGGGAUCCCUUGAUUGCCCAGAAAAUUGAAGACAGUCUGUCAAGGUGAUUAUAUACUUCAUAAUUUUUGCUGAAGACUUGGUACUUUACCCAUUGAGUGGCAGCACUCUCCACUUGACAAGUAAAAUCGUCUGGCGUUAGACAGAGUAAAAUACUAAAGUAGGCAAGUGCCUCCUUUAUCUGUUGGAGAAAACCAGAAUACCCAGAGAAAACCCACAAGUUUUGGAAGAACAUUGGCUAAUCUUUUUUUUGUGGGUGUCUUCAGUGUAGAUCUCAACGAACUGCUCUGCAGGUAUCUCAUCCCUGGGGUGUUGUGUUCAUAAAUAUUUUUGUGUGUAAUUGUGUGUUGAUUAUUUCAGAUCAGUGAAACCGAAAUCGGAGAGACCAGAGCGUAAAUCAAUAGCCGGAGACUCAAGGAUAAGUGUAGAGCAACCUGUGGACAAUAACAAUGACAGCCCGAAAUCCAGACGACAAACCUUUAAAGACUUUGUGUUGAGAAAGGGAAGAGGUAUAUGCGUUUGUUUCCUACCAGAGUAUCUAAGUAUACACCCAUUGCACAUGACGUCACAGCGCCGGUGACGAUGCAUCUGGAGGACAAAUUAGCCCAAUGUUCUGCCAACUGAGCUAUGAGGUUAAGUCUGUUCGAGUUGGUGAUAUUUCGGAACUGAGUCUAGUUCCUUCGAUAUCAAUGUAUUCUUUGAUAUCAGUGUAUUCCAUAUCAAUGGAUUCUAAGAAUGUAUUCUAAUUGUACAUCAGAUAUUUUCUAAUUGUACCUGAGAGAGCUUAGUAGUUCUAAGUAUUUCAAUGUUACAUUAUUCUCUGUGUAGAUGGUUUACGUCCACACUCCAACUCUCUAUCUUCUACACCUGGUGGCACACCUGUUGGCUCAGCAGAAGAACAACUCACAUUCACGGGGAGUAAUGGCAGUUUACCAAAAAAGACUCAUAUCGGUAAGUGAAGAAUGAUAAUAGAGGUUCAGAUUUGACUCGCGGGUUUAAUACGCAUUUGAUUGGUUAAUUGGGUAGAAGGAAUGCAUCUGAUUGGUUAAUUGGGUAGAAGAAAUGCAUUUGAUUGGUUAAUGCAAUCUUCAUAAUUCGCCUUGGCACUUGGCAAGCAUAUUUAGAAUGUUCUUAUCUCCCUUGGCAAAAAAAACUCCCCAAUUUUGACUCCAAUCACAACCCCAGCUCUAAUGCUACUCUGUGCAAAGCAUGACGGUCUAGCGUUAUUAUUCUCUAGGCGAAGAUGAGGAUUCUGAAGAAAGACAUUAUCCAAAGAUCACCCCUCCAGCCCCGCUUGUUCCCAGAACGAAAUCCCAAUCAUCAGGCAAGUGCAGCGACAGAAGUUUGAGAAAUAAAUAAUAGACAUGAUUUUUUUCUGUGUUGGUGUAAUUGUACUUGGGUGAAUAUGUUGCUUGUGAUGUUACUCUGAGUGUAUAUCCACACCGGGCAAGCUUGAAAAAUUGCCUGGCCACGGUGGGAAUCGAACCUACAACCUUUGGAAUACUAGCCCAACGCUCUGCCAACUGAGUCUCUGUCUUUUUAUACUAUAGUAAAACAUAUCGUGGUUCUGAUCACUUGUAAAAAUUAGUGAGAAAAAAUCGUUGUCUCCAAAACUUAAUCCACUGCUCUAAAACUUAAUCAAAAUUGUAUAGCAUGCAGCAUAUGUGCUAAAAAUGUUCAGAUGAAAUGCAAAUUUUGCCAAUAUACAAAGAAGCUGUAAGAGGUCUAAUGGCUGAUGACCGCCUUCUAUUGAGCUACGCGGUCAGGUCGGUUCGAGUAUGUGAUAUUUCGGAACUGAGUCUAGUUCCUUUGACAUCAAUACAAUCUAGUAAUCAUGAUUUUUUCUGUGUUGGUGUAAAGUACUCAGGUGAAUAUGAUACUUGUGAUGUUACUCUGAGUGUGCUAGUAUUCCAAAGGUCGUAGGUUCGAUUCCCACCGUGGCCAGGCAUAUUUUUCGAGCUUGCCCAGUGUGGAUACACACUCAGAGUAACAUCACAAACAAGAUAAUAGACACUUCCCGGAAUUUGCUGUCAGGUAAUGAACACUCCCUUAUUUAUAUUUACAAUGGUUUUGAUUUCAUGCCAUUGUUUCGUGUGGGCUCGAACAAAUUCGGGAAGUGUCUAUUACAGAGAAUCAGAAUCGAAUUAGAAUAUGUCAAAAAAUCUGAUGUGACCGUUUUGAUACUAUAUUUACAGGAUCAUUUGCUGAAGACGGCAUUAUACACAGGAGGAAAGGAACUUUGGUAUGUAAUGUCAUAGAUACCGACUUGCGCGUAAUCUCAUAGACACAAUUGUAAUUUCAUAGAUACAGGUUCUGUAGGAACUAUCUCAAAAAAAGAGUCAGUUUAUCUUGUCUUGAUGUAGAUGAUCUGUUAGACAAAUGUUUCAUCUUUGAUGAUCGUAACGAAAUCAGAUUUUCUGGAGAGGGUUAAUUCGUCUCUCUAGAAAAUUUGACCAAAUCAGUUGAAUGAAUUUUUAUCAAUGUAGGACUUAGAGUCAAAACUUGAACGCGUGAAAACUGAGAAUAAUUACGCAAACAUUACCAAGGGGAAGAGAAGAUCUGAAAGAAAGCAAGACAUAAAUGUCGUGAGACAAAAUUUCGUCGAACAAUACAAAGGUUUUUCCUCUCUGCCGAGGAGAACCAGCAGCAGUUCCAGCGGAGACCCCAACUGGCGUCGCAGUGUGGGCAGCGAAAACUUCCACGGUUUGAAUGACGAUAGUGAUAAAGACCGAGAAUCCGACAGAGAAGAUAGCGAAGCAUUCUCGCUGCAAAGUGGGGAGCAAUAUAUAAAAAUGUCGCCUCGACGACAAGCGCCUAUAGGUAGUGACUCGUCGAUUGAUGAACCUGGGAUAAACGAUUCUGCGAGUUUUGACCCUUCGAGAUCUGAGCCACGGCCGUAUGUGCCUUUCAAACCACCGACAAGUACUCCUGAUCUGUAUGUCGAAAUGACUCGACCCCAGGCAAGUUUUGAAAAGUUGCGCAAUACUUCAGCGCGUAGUUCUGACUCGUACCAUUCCCCCGAGGAGGGAGAGGUGGAUGUGAGUACAUAUGUGAACAUGAAGCCGGGAUUACGUCACAUAACAUCAUCAACCUCAUCUGAUGAUCUUCCGGGGGAUGAACAAUUUGAUCAUUUGAACCGGGGGGAGAGUGCCUUACCUAGCGAUCCUUAUGUGAAUAUAGGCCCACAAUCUGUUAAUAGGCUUAAAAAGUCUCAUUCUCAAAUACAACGCGGUACCGACAAUGCUUAUAUGAACGUGGACAUGAGUCGAAGCAAAAGUGUCGGUAGUAAGGCGCCACGAUUUCGCAUCGUGUCCGAGAAAAAUUCGGCCCCAGACGGCGACGAAAACCGAGAACGUACGAGCUGUUAUGUCAAUGUGAAAGCGAAGGAUUGUUGUUCGGAAGCAGACGCAAAUUAUGCUAAUUUUGUACCGCAAAAUUGCAAAGAGAGCGCGGAAAUGUCUCCUGGCAGGAUUAGAAGAGAUUUGAAUUAUGCGUCGGUGGAGUUUCCCAAGGACAGUCCCCCACGAGUGCGGACAACAAAGAAACGGGAGGACAAUUAUUCAAAAAUUGAUUUUGAGAAGUCGAAUGUUCUAGCGGAUAUGUCAAGCACACGAGAACGGCAGUUUCAUCACGCAUGA